AAAUAUUUAAAAUGGCUGAAGAACUUGAUAUCGAAGGAGUGUUUAAACUUAAGUAUGAAGAUUUGAAAGAUGAAUUAGAAAAGCGUGGUCUUUCCAAGAAGGGAACUAAAUUGGAAUUGCAGGAGCGUCUGCUACAAUAUUUUACAACAAGCGAGAUCAGUGAGCACUCAUUAGUAGAAGAAUCAACAGUAGCACUUGAGGAAGAAGAAGUUGAAGAAAAUUUUGAAAUUCUCGACACCCCGACAGAGUUAAGCGCACCAGUUUCUUUAUCAAAAGUUUUAGAGGAUGAACACGAAAAAGAUAUUUUAAGUGAAACAAUGGAAUUAAAUGAUGUCAUUCAAACCAAAGCAAAUAAAUCAAAUGUUUUAAAAACAGAAAGUAUUCAAAAAAAACCUGUAGUUGUCAAUUUAGCCAAAAUUAAAGAAGCAAAACCAAAAAUAAUGUCACCAAUGGCUGCUGAGGACGAAAAGAAAGCUAAUCGUACAAAAAGGUUUGGUGCAGCUGUUAGCUUGGACGAAAGAAAAAAAGCAAGGCUUCAAAAGUUUGGUGAUACUGGAAUUACUGGAAAUAACAAGCAAAAGCUUUCAACCGCUGGUAAUGACAGAAUAUCUAAACGAGCUGAACGAUUUGGUACUUCUGUUGACACUGUGAUUGAUCCUGUCAAAAAGCUUUCACAACGCAAAGAUCGUUUUGCUGAUGUCCAAAUAAAAAAAAGACAAGAACGCUUUGGUGUUAUUAAUACAAAUACCUCUGACCCGGAGUUGCGUAUGCAAAAAAGAGCAUUAAAGUUUGGAGUAAAGUAAAAGAUUACUAAUAUGCUUAGCGAAUCAUUUAUUCAACGAUUCAACGUAUUCAACGAUUGGGCACAUGACGCAUUUGGAUUCUUGGCAUAAGUUUUCUAAAUAUGUGUGAUAUUCGACGAUCAAUCUCAUAUUUGCAUUGAGUCCAUUAUUUUCUAGCAGACUGUUGGUAUUUUACAUCUAGCCUCGCUCGUACGUUUAAUUAUUAUAAAUAUGAACUGACUCUUAUUUUA